AUGCUCACUCACAUUCCGGAGGGCAUUGGCGCCUUGACCACGCUGCGCAAGCUGAGUCUAUCAGACUUCAAGGGGUUGAAACGGCUCCCUGCUUCUCUCACCUGCCUUGUGUGCCUGAAUGAGCUGAAUCUCUCGUCCUCCCUCAUCACCUCGCUUCCUCCCCACUUUGUGCGGCUGGCUGGACUGAGGCGGCUUAUCUUGGACGGGUGUUGGCGGUUGAGGGAGCUACCUUGGGAUAUGGCUGAGUUGAAGAUGCUGCAGUAUCUGGUUUCUUUCACACGCCUCUCUUUCAUCGCUCUCCUCGUUUUUUUCCUCAUUUCUCGCCUGUCCCUGUCUCGUCUCGAUGGGGCCCCGGCAGAUGAGGUGGAGCGCGAGGAGGAGGAGGAGGAAGAGGAGGGCGACGAUGUGAACGGGGAGGACGACGAUGAAGAGGAAGAAGAGGGGCAGGACGAGUAUGAGAAGGAUGGAUGGAUGGUGGACGGUGAUGAGGAGGAGGAGGAGGGCGGUGAAGGCGAGGAGGAGGAAGGGGGGGGCGAGGAGGGGCCGGGGAGUGACGAGGAGCGCAGGGAGAAGAAGAAGAAGAAGCGCCGGAAAAGGGAGGAGGAGGAGGACGAGUUGGAUGAGGACGACUAUGCGCUGCUGCAGGAGAGCGGUGUGGGGGGCUUUCAUCGCCCCGCCAAGAAGGAUAAGAAGUUUCGGCGGCUGAAAAAGGCGAGGCACAUGGGGGGGGACGAGGACGGGUUGCUGAUGGACGAUGAGGAGGACGAGGAGGGCGGCAUGCGCGCGCAGCAGCGCGUGGAAAGGGAGAUCUUUGGCGAUGAGGACGUGCCUGAAGAUUUCCAGGAGAGGGAAGGCAGGGGCGAGGAGGAGGAGUUGGAGGAGGAGGACGGGGAGGAGGACGAGGAGGAAGAGGACGAGAUGGCAGACUUCAUCGUGGAAGGGGGUGUAGACGACACGGACGAGCACGGCCGGCGCCGCCGCAAGAAGAAGAAAAAGGGCACGCGCAUGCCAGGUGUCACCUCUGAGGCGCUUCUCGAGGCGCAGGAUAUUUUCGGUGACGUGGCGGAUCUGCUGGAGCGGCGGCGCGUGGAGCUGGAGAGGCAGAGGAGGGAGGGAGGGGAGGGGGGCGCGGGGGGGUACUAUUAUGAGGAUGGGAUGGGGGCGGAGGGUGGGGAGGAGUAUGGGCGGGAGGGCGCGGGCGGGGCGUCGGCGCUGUCGAAGCAGUAUGAGCCGAGCCUGCUGGAAGCUAAAUACAUGACGGAGCGGGAUGAGGCCAUUCGAGCCCGAGAUGUUCCUGAGAGGCUGCAGCUGUUGGAGGAGGUGGUGGGUGUAAUCCCUGAGAACGAGGACCAUCUACCCGAGGCCGAGUGGAUCUACGAGCGCGUGUUUGGCUCCUUAGCCCCCGACCACCUGCGGCGGGGGGAGUUCUCGUACGUCGCUGACGCUGAGAGGCGCGCCGCCACGUGCGCACGGGAGGACGUGGAGAAAUGCCGGAGAGAGGCCGUGGCGGCGCGGGACGGUGCCAUCGAGCAGAUCGCGGCUGUGCUUGAAGAGCUGCACGAUGCAAAAGUGGAGGUGCCGUACAUAGCGAUACACAAGAAGGCCAUCUGCCCGGCUCUCGUGGAGCAAGACAAGCUCGACGGGGAGCCGCAGCUGCAGCCCUUCCAGGUGUGGUCCCUUGGAUUUGCCGGGUAUUUAGACAAGCUUGACGGGGAGCCGCAGCUGCAGCCCUUCCAGGCUCUGUGGGCCAUCCAGCAGUGGGAUCGCCGCUGGCUGCUCCUGCAGCGCCGCAAGCGCUCACUGCGAUCCGCCUACGAGCGGCCGCGAGUGGACGAGGAUGAAGAAGCAGAGCGGCAGCUCGCCAUGCAAGGGGUGCUCCACGCGCUCGACUGUGCGCUCUCGGAGCCCGCCGUAGAGGACGUGGACGCCAAGUUCAACCUGCAGUUUCCGCCGGAGGAGGCUGUGGCGGAGGAGGGCGGGCGGGGAGGGGCAGGGGUGCAGCAGAGGCGGCCUCGGAAGCGGUCCAUGUACUCGGUGUGCCGGCGGGCUGGGUUGAAGGGUGUGGUGAAGCGCAUUGGGCUGUCGGCGUUCCAACUGGGCGAGAAUCUCAUCUCCAUGUACAAGGUGCGUGGGAGGAUGGUGGGAUGGGUGGGGUGUGAGAGGUGUGAGGGGUAUUGGGAUCCUCUCCUCAGAUUGCCGCCUCCUGACGGCCUCAUGGGCCGGCACAGUCAGCAACACGAGGUGGAGGACACGGCGCUAUCACCGGAGGAGGUGGCAACGGAGUACAUCUGUGCUGAAUUCCCCUCGCCUGCUCUCGUGCUCAGAGGCGCCCGCCACAUGGCGGAGGUGGAGAUAAGCAUGGAGCCCAAGGCGGAGGUGGAGAUAAGCAUAGAGCCCAAGGUGCGCGAGCACGUGAGGGAGAUCUUCAACAAGCGCGCCAUCGUCUCCACCAACCCCACCCCGCGCGGCCGCCAGGUAACGCCCCUCCCUGGGUUUAUGACCGCCAGGUAA